GCAGCCUUGGUGGAAGCUCACUUGGCAAGUUUUCUCUCUCUCCCUUUUGUCUUUGUUUUUCUUUUCCCGCGUGGCGGCCUUGUAGCCUUGUUCCCAUUCACUUCAUUGUCGGCAAAGACUGGGUCCAUCUUCCCCAUUUUGUUCAUGUUCCAGAUUUUCAUUCAACCUGGUGACAUCGCAGAAGAGCUCGGAAACGUAUCCUCUGGCAGCUGUUCAGCCAUUUCGGCACCAAGCCAACCAGCACUAGCACGGCGUGAGUCUUCUGAAAGAAGGCCUCAUGGUGAAUUUCGUAAGCCUCAGUCUCCAAAGAAGAAGAGUGUUGUCGUCGGCCGAGGAAGGACGAUGGUGAUGAGCUAGUAGAGUGUAAACAACAGCGGAGCAAGGUGGUGAUGCGCUCGAGCGCCGGUGAUGGCAGCUGCUAUCCCCAGCAAUAACGGCCGGAGUCUCGGCACUGGCGGCUGUUGUCCCCGACAAUACAGCGAAUUGAUUAUUAUCACAAUACAGGAUCAACGAAUAUUAUUGCUUCUACAGAGGUGAAUAGGUGAUACAUUCUAAGUCUAGUUCGAGGGCGGACGGCAGACAUUAGGCUUUUUAUCACUUUGCUUCUUUUUAUUUGAUUGUAUUAUCAGCCAUGUGACGAACGUUACUUUGAUUUAAUAAUAGAUUUGUUGGAUUUGAUGAUAAAAAAACUUAUUAUUGAUGAUAUUCUUAGGAUGUUAGAAACAAAGAGUAACUUUAAAAUCUCUUUUUGUAAAAGAUCUGCGAAUCAUGUUAUCCACGCUCUGACUAAGGCACAUGUAAACAUCUCAG